UGGAAUAGGAAAGCUGCAAAACAGUGUGGAGUGGGCUUGCAAUUUCCCCCCCCAAAAGAGGCAAGAGGGGGGCAAAAAAAAUAAAAUAAGAGGAAAAAGUUCUUCAACUCAUACCUUUACACGUUUGCUGCUUUGCUGGCAUUGGAGUGUGCUCUGCAGAAGGAGACUCCUUUGGACUUUGUGGGGCUGCGGUUACGCGCCGCUACUAUUGUUCGAGAUUCCCCCCCCCAAAAUAUGGCAAAGGUUCAGGUGAACAAUGUAGUGGUGCUGGAUAAUCCUUCUCCCUUCUACAACCCUUUCCAGUUCGAAAUCACCUUCGAGUGUAUAGAGGAUCUGUCGGAAGAUUUGGAAUGGAAAAUUAUUUAUGUGGGCUCAGCAGAAAGUGAGGAGUAUGACCAAGUUUUAGAUUCUGUUUUGGUGGGCCCUGUUCCUGCAGGAAGACACAUGUUUGUAUUUCAGGCAGAUGCUCCUAAUCCAGGACUAAUUCCUGAUGCAGAUGCUGUAGGAGUUACAGUUGUAUUAAUCACCUGCACUUACAGAGGUCAAGAAUUUAUUAGAGUUGGCUAUUAUGUAAACAAUGAAUAUACUGAAACAGAAUUGAGGGAAAAUCCUCCUGUAAAACCGGACUUUUCUAAGCUACAGAGGAACAUUUUGGCAUCUAACCCCAGGGUCACAAGAUUCCACAUUAACUGGGAGGACAACACUGAAAAGCUGACAGAUGCAGAGAGCAGCAAUCCAAACCUCCAGUCACUCCUUUCUACAGAUGCAUUGCCUUCUGCUUCAAAAGGGUGGUCAACAUCAGAAAAUUCACUAAAUGUUAUGUUAGAAUCUCAUAUGGACUGCAUGUGACUGAUUACCCUUCCCUUCAGUGCUAUGUAUGUGUUCAAUUGUGUUUAAAAAGAGGGGGGAACCCCCACACCAUAACACAGUCUGUCUCCAACCAGCACCAGAACCUCUCUCCUAGAGUUACAUUUAAGUUACCUAUUCAAAAAAUGUGAAGACUUUGUUUAAAAAACAAACAAAA